GGAUUGUCUGGCUCGACAGCGGGCAUCGGGUCACAGGUAUGACAGCGGGCACUGGGUCACCAGGCAUCAGGUCAUUUAGCUCGCCAGCGGGCACCUCGUCAUCUGGCAAGGCAGUGGGCACCGAGUCACCAGGCACGACAGCGGGCUCUGAGUCAACUGGCAUGACAGCGGGCACCGGGUCAUCAGGUACCGGAUUGUCUGGCUCGACAGUGGGCAUCGGGUCACCAGGCCUAAUAGGAUCGUCAGGCUGGAUCAGUUCAUCAUGCUGGAGAGGCAUCAGGCUGCGACAGGUAUCAGGCUGAGUACAGGAGCUGAGUACAGGCAUCAGGCUGAGUAGAGGCUUCAGGCUGAACCACGG